AUGACAUCCACGAUUCAGAACGAUCAGAUAGACAUUCAGGAGGCUACGAAGCCUCAGGAGACUGUAGCUGAGGGAGAACCUGGUGCAGUCCAAGUGCCUGUUUCUGAACCAGAGCGGAAACCCAGGGGGCGUUGGAAAGUUUGGCUUGCCAAGAAACUUGAGAGCCGCGAUGUUGUCUUGAAGAUCAACAUCCUCAUCAUCUCUCUCGUAAUUGUGGACGUCACCUCCACUCUCAUAUACACGUAUGGAAUAUCCGAGAGUCAGAAAGAUUGUUAUGGUCGCGAUUCAGUGCCCCAGACAGCCAUCUCCUCCAUCAUCAUCUCCCUCUUUGCGCUGGAGCUUCUGUCGAGGAUGGUAGCGUUCGGGGUGUUUGAGAUCCUGAAGCAUCGUUGGAACCUUUUCGACGCUCUUAUAGUCCUGCUGUCCUUUAUCUUGACCUUUUACAAGAUCAUCAAUGACUACGCCAUCAUCAAAGCUCCUCAUCCUCCUGUCAUGUCUGCGGCCAACUAUCCAGAAGAAUGUGCCAUCCAGACCUCCUCAACCUCCGGAGCAUCGACAGCCAGGAACGCGGCGACGGGGUCUCGUUUGAUCUCUCGAAUAGCCAUCGGACUUCGCCUCCUCCGUACCUUCUUGAAGCUCAUGGAGUCGCAACGAUACCUCGUCUACUUGGAGCGCUCCUCCCUCUGCGACAUCUGUGCUGGAGAUCGGCUGGAUGACGUGAAGUACAGGCUCUCCUCCCGUCCCUGGGAGAUCGGCAAGGCCGACGAGUUUGGCUUGUUUCCCAUCCACGUGGCGGCUAUGAAUGAGAACGAGAUCGCGCCCUUGAUAGUGGAGGAGCUCUUGAAGACCAACAGGUUCGCUGCCCGUCAGAAGGAUCGGUUUGGCUCGCUUGCCCUGCACUAUGCUUGUAGGAAUGAAGGGCCCACAAGCCGUCAGGACACAACCUUCAGGCUGCAUACCGAGAUGAAUCCCAACGUCCAUCGGAUGGUUCGUUCCCUCCUCAACGAGGACUUCGGGUACCCAGAGGGUGCGAUGCAACCGGACAUGGACGGGUUGCUCCCUGUGGACUACGUCCUCAUGAACAUGAACGGGAGGAAAGAAAGUGCCCUGCGAGCCCUCAAGAUGAUCCUGCUCGUCGCUCCCGAGUGCGUCUUGCACACGGUCAGAAAGACGGAGCUGAGCUUCGACGCGACCACGGGAAUCUACAGCUCCAAAGAUCCGCCGGCGGGGCAGUGGGAGAAGAUCGCCUUGACCUACAAGCAAGCUGUCAGCCGCAUGUCAAACAUGCUGCUUGCCGCCUUCCCCGUUGGGUACGGUCAUGACGGCAGGGGGAGCGGAUUCAGAGCAGGGAGGGAAAUGCAGAUCGCUCAGGGGCAUGCCGUUCGCUCCUCCCUCUCAUCUUCUCUCCCUCAGAUCCUCCUCCGAGGUCUUUUCUUACGGUCCUGGAAGGCAGCAGCAGACAGCAGCAGGAUGAUGCGGAGAAACAAGGAGACCAAACUUCAAUCGAUCAUCAAGAUGGAAAAAAAGCGCUUCUUCGGAGGAUCGAGCGCACUGAUCGAGGAGCUGAAUGGAGCUGUCCUGAAGCUUCUUGACGGCCUGGAAGAUGACGUGGACGAGUCCUGGGAGUCCAGACAUGUCCUGAACUGGUAUUCAGCAAGCCAAGGCAACUCAGAAGCUGCAAGGUACCUGCGGUACGUGUUCGACCUCGAGGAUUUCUCGCUCUCCCCUGUCGCCAAACUCUUUCGCGCGGUUGAAAGCGACAACGAGUUCAUCCCGUACGGAAGAAAGGUUGGGACGGGGGAAAUGUGCCACGAUGCUGCCUUUGUACUCGAGCGAAGACCUCUUCACAUCCUCAUGCAGAACGAAAGUUCUGUCUCCGUGGGAAUGUGCCUUGAGCUGUCGAGUCUCAAACCUGCUGUCCUCAUUGAAGACAGUCUUCGACAGCUGCCCCUCCAUAUCGCUGCCGCCAACCGUGGGCCAGUCGGAGCCCUGCUGGUCUCUGCUGCCCUCAACCAGGAGCGUCUUAUCUCUCCGAGGCACAGGGACUAUGCCAUGCGCUUUCCCCUCCACAUCGCCGCAGCAAACCCGAGCGACGACGCGGGGGACAUGGUCAGGAAACUGGCGCAGCUGAACUCUGGGGCAGCGCGAGCUGAGGACGAGAACGGGCUGCUUCCUGUGGAGAUCGCCUUCAUGUCCACCUCCUCGACGGUGGGGAUGGUGGUGGCGGCAGUGACGACGGCGUAUCCUGACGGGGCCCUGCGGCUCUCGGGGAACAUCGGCAACAUGCUGCAUCGCGCAUGCUCGCAGGACGUCGUGCUCAAGAACUCUCAAGCUCUCAACAUCGUCAAGGCGCUUCUUGCCUUCCACCCUGAGACAGCUUACAUCCCCAACGAGCGAGGACAGCUCCCCCUGCAUAUCAUCGCGUGUACUUGUGCGCCACAGGCCCUCGACGUUCUCAAGAUUCUCGCCGAUCAGCAUCCCAAGGGCGUCUGGCAAGAGGAUGAGGAGGGCAACACGCCUCUACACAUCGCCGCUGCCUCCAACAACCUGCCGGGGGUGAUCGAGCUGGUUUGCAGAGCGCAGGGGAGGGCACAGCACACGAGGAACAGGAGGGGAGAGUACCCGAUGGACUGCACCAAGAACCGAGCCAUCAUCAAGACCAUUAUCGCCCCUGCUUCCAAGGUGAGGAGCGCCCAUCGGGAGACGCUGUGGUCGCACGUAGCGCUGCUGUCCUCCUCCCUCGUCUACCUCGUCCUCAACAUCGUCCUCAUCUUCAACUACGAAAAGAUCGACAGGAUGGUAAGGCAGGGAGGACCCCUCACGACCGCCGACUCAAGGAUCUUCUUCCAGUGGUGCGCCCGUUGCGGCAUCACCGGCCAUGCCUUCUACUACCUCAUGAUCAUCUGCUCGUACUGCAUCUGGUUCUUCCUCCUCCUCUCCUCCUUCCUCCUCAAGCUCAUCUUCCGGAACCGGAUGCGGCAUCAUCAGGAGUCCCCCUGGUUUGCUUCCCACAUGCAGAUCACAGCCGCCAUCCGCGAUGUUCCCUUCCUCCUCCUCGCCAAGAACCUCGAACGAUUCUUCGUCCUCUUUCCCACGGCGCUGCUGCACAUCACCGCGUGCAUGCAGCACGAGAGCAAGUACUGGUUCGGCUCAAAGUUUCUUCCUCCUCUAGCUCCCGUCCUGCAGGUCGUGACCAUCUUCUUCGCCAUGAUCGCCUCCGCCCAGACCUCCGUCACCCUCGACGUCUCCAAGUUCCACACCAUGAGGAUGACUUUCCGCAGGUGCUCCUUCCUCUCCCUGGAGCAGAUGGAGCUUGUCGUCCUCUUCCUCUACCGCUUCGCCGAGCUCAGCUCUCGUCUCAUCGUCUUCGCCUACUUCUGGUUCGGCAUCGACGCCUGCAACUUCUGCCCAGUCGAGUACUGCACCUGCCUCUUCCGCUGGCUUGCCAUGCCCGUGCUCGGCUUCCAGUUUCUUGCCAUCCUCAUCCUAACCGCCUCCGUCGAGUUCUGGACGCUCUUGUGCUACAAGGCCCCUUCCUCCAUCUACUCCAUGAAGGACGCCAUCUUCAACCUCCACGUCUUCCGCACUUUCUGCAACCUCAUCGGCUCCUUCUUCACCCGAGGAGACGGAGGAUACGUCGGGGGUACGCAGUACCUCCAGGCCUUCCUAGGGGAGCUGCGGUUGUACGAGGGCUUCAUCCUAGUCGCGCUCAGUAUCCUCACCAACCUCGCGAUCAUUCUCGCCGCUGGUCUCUUCCGCAUCUUCGGCAACGCCAACGACGAGUUCUCCAAGAGAGGCGACAACUUCAAUCAGUUCUUCUCCUCCCAGUCUCGCUUCUUCUUCUUCUGCAUGGCCAUGGGCAGCACCUUUCUUCAGUUCUCCUCCUACGCCAUCCGCUUCCUCCUCUGGCGUUCUGGGGUGUACAUGCUCAACGACAAGGCCAAGAAGGUUCUCAUCCAGCGCAUCCUCGAGCAGCAGCCAACCCUCUGCUCCGCCGUCGUGCUCGAGAACAGCAAGUUCAACAUCAAGGAGCUGCAGGACAUCGCCAAGGGGAACUUCGCGGAAUACUUGCGCGACAAGCUGGAGAAGACGGCAGCAGAGCUGGAGGACAAGGUGGAGGGAGUUGUGCUGCACGAUCCAAUGGGGGAGGAGGAGAAGUUGAAGAAGAUCAAGAUAGCAGAGACGAGCAGGGAGGCGGUGAAGCAGCUGCAGCGGGACCUGGGCAUCACGGACUUUGAUCCCAUGUUCUCCAACUUCAGCGAGCACGACGGGCAGGACAGGAAGAAAGCUCUGCUCGCCCCCAAGGCGCUCGAGAUCAUGUCCAUGCACGAUGACGAGAUGGUACUGCGGUGGACCGUCCCUGCCUCCCCAGGGUUCGACGCCGGCGAGUACAUCCAGUCCAUCACGCACUACCAGUUCAUGAUCGACGGGAUAUCCCAGCAACAGGUCCAGCUGCAGGUCAACAAGAGGCAGAAAAAGAUCUUCCAGGCGAAGAUCAAGCUGGGAAAAGGCUCUCACCGCCUGCAGCUGCGGGUCAUGUCGGACCUCAAGGAGAAGAGGUGGACGGAGUGGAGCACUGAGAUGAUGGUGGAGGGGCCGGACGAGAAGCAGAAGCAGCAGAAGUCGCUGUCGGACUACCUCAAGCGCAGGGACGAGGAAGAGGGGGCAAAGGUGGAGGAUAUGUUCGAAUCCAUGAGGAAGAAGAACCAGAGCUUAGGGGCCAUGGCGAUGGAGGACAAGAGGAAGGGGCCCUCGAGGUCGGCGGACAAGGCGGUCAAGGAGCUGAUGCGAUCGCCCUUCGUCCUCCUCCCGAAGCUGCACAAGACGGAAGCGACCGUUGAGGAAGCUACUCCUCAGAGCAUCGAGCUCAAGUUGGGAGAGAACUACAUCGCGCUGGACCCAGAAUCUCCCUCCACCUCCUCCGUCGUCGUGCACGCCUACCUGAAGCGACUCCUCCUCAAAAAUUUGAGCCCAGAGAUCGUCAAGGUUCGUCACGCCCUGACCUGGGACGUGACGGAUCUGUACAAGGACAAGAUCCUGGCCCUGAAUGACGGGGAUGAGGUAGAGUUUGAAGGCAGGAGGAUCGGCUACACAGUGGCAAGACAGGCCAGCGCCAUGUCCACGGACCUCAAGAGGAAGAGCAAGCUCCCUAGAGAGAUCAAGAGCUUCACGCGCGACACCACGGAGCUGGCCCUCACAGUCAAGCAGCCGUUCCAGCAGUUCGUGUCAAAGUCCCUGGUGGGCAGGGCGCACCAGAUGCGCCUGAUCAAGCUGGAGCUAGCGGAGGUACUGCAGGUCUCGAACGAGCUGAUUGAAGUCACUUCCUUCGACUCCUCUCCUUCCUCCUCCAGCAACACCAUCGUCACCAUCUCCAUCCUCACGUCUGAGGAGCAGCUGGGCGAUUCCAACGAGCAGGAAAAGGCAGCGAUGCAUCCUAAGACCGUCGUCGCCGAGAUCGCCAGGCAGAUCGCCAACGAGGACAGCGCUUUGAGAAGGAGCACUUUGCUGGGAGAUGUCAUUGCCGUCAAGCUCAAGUUCGGGAAGGAUCUAGUACAGGACGAGGGCGGUCAAGGAUCGGAGGGAACCGCUUCAACUGUGUCAGACCCUGAGUCGGAGGACAGUGUGAACGAGGAGCCUCGGCAGCAGCAGGGACCAGGAGGAGCACAAGAUCGGCAAGCACACAACCGUGCAGACCAGGACAAGAACGUCUCUUCCAUCUCAGGCAUGCUGUCCAAGGAGCACCCCCUCAAGACCGUAGAGGGGCGGCUGGCGACCUUCUACGCCUGGCAGGGGAAGGGGCGGGCGGCGGACCCCCUUGCUCUCGCUCGGCAGGGCUUCUACCACAUCCCCGACCCGGACAACUUCGACGUUGUCCGAUGCGCCUUCUGCAGAAUGGAACUUGCGAACCUCAGUUCCAUCGUCGUCGACGUCGUCAAGCUGCAUGCCAAGGGGAGCCCUUCUUGCGUGAUGGUGCGCAAGGCGAGCAAGGAGCAGCAGCAGCAGGGCAGGGAGGGCAAGGGGGAGGAGAUGAGGACGGGGGAACGGGGACUAGACGUCCCCAAGGCAUCGGGCAGAGCUCUCUCACCCCUGCUGGAGAAAGCACAUAUGGAGGAGGAGUCGGGAACCAGCUCCAGCUACAUGACACAUGACACACAGACGGCUGAUUGGACCAGCAACCCCCCGACGUCGUCCUACAGCUCGACCCCUAAGACGGCAGAGCUCGUCCAUGGCUCCAAGGCACAGGCGGCCGCGCCGCUGCAGGCGAGGAAGGAGGACGGUGGUGGCGGGAAGCCCAUGGCCUUCCCCGACGAGCAGGUGAACUCCUCCAGCUCCAGCCCAGCUGGAAUCGGAGAUCAGCUAAAGACAGACCAGCCGCACGGGAGACUCUCGCCGGAGAGGAGCCAGGGCUCGAGCAGAAGCCUCAUGGGAAGACGGGGGAGGGGCAGGAGGGACGUGCCGAGCAGGAGGCGAGCAGAGGGCAUUGGGAAGGAGGCGAGCUGGGAGGACAUGCAGGCGAAUAUCUUCCAGAAGGACAUGAGUGUCAAGUCCCUCAAGUCGGUAACUUCCCACAACAUCUUCCAACGUUCCCUCGAGUGGCUCGACGACCAGUAUGGCACCAUCAGCGCCUCUGUUGGGGUUCGGGCCACAGCUGACUUCCGGCAGCUGGAGGCACCCCAGCUCGCCUCCAACUCCAUGCAGGAGUUCGUACCUCUCGAGCAGCACCCCAAGGUAAGUCUGGGAGCGCAUGGAGCAGGAGCAAUGACGUCCUGGGAGUAUCAUCCGCCCAAGGAAACAUAG